AUGUGUUUUCCUGACAUUUCUAGCCGAGUUUCGGUAAUCCGGGGACGAGUGGUCAGUCGUGAAGGCAACGGAUUGAUUGGCAUUCGAGUCAGCGUUGCCACUGACCCUCAAUUUGGAUUUACGCUUACAAGAAGUGACGGAUGGUUCGACAUUCUAGUGAAUGGAGGAGGCGCCGUGACGCUACAAUUCCAACGAAACCCAUUUCAUCCAAUCAAACGUACUGUCAUGGUGCCAUGGAAUACUGUCAUGGUCAUGGGACCUGUUACAAUGUCAGCAACAGUAGAAACAGAAGCUCAAGAAGAUUUACUGCAGCAGCAGAAUCCGUGCUUGGAACAUGACUAUGACGUGAUGAAGCCAAUCGUCUACCAGACGUGGAGAUCAGGCUCGCAAGGGGCGUGCACCGAGAACAGUGCUAUUAUGGCUGAAACGCAAGUAUUACAAGAAAGUUUUUCCAUUCCCGGGUCUGAUCUGCACUUAGUUUAUCACAGCAGUCAUGCGCAAGGUUAUCUAUCAACCAUCCAUCUCCAGCUGACACCAUCCCACGUUCCUGAGACACUCCGUUUGGUGCACCUGCGGAUUGUAGUGGAAGGGUUCCUGGUGGAAAAGACUUUCGAAGCAGACCCCGACAUCAAAUACACGUUUGCCUGGAACAAGAGAAAUGUUUACAAACAAAAGGUUUAUGGCCUUACUACAGCCAGAGUUUAUGUGGGGUACAAAUACAGCACUUGUGAACGUGUGGUAUGGACUGUACAAGCUACUACACUUCGAGGGUAUGAUAUGGAUAUUUCUGAGUUAGGAUCGUGGAAUUUAGAUGUUCAUCACAGAUAUAAUUUCCAUGAGGGUGUUCUUCAAAAAGGUGAUGGUGCGACCAUUUACUUCCGGCAGCAACCUAGAGUCAUUUCAAUCCUUAUGGGGAAUGGACAGCCGCGGCCUCUCUUAUGCCCAGAUUGCAAUGGACUGGCUAGAGACAAUAAACUCCUCUCUCCUGUUGCUUUAGCCAGUGGUCCGGACGGAAGCGUAUACGUAGGAGACUUCAACCUAGUUAGAAGAAUAACACCUAAUGGACAAGUAUACACAGUAUUCAGAAUGAAAGCGUCCGACGUUUCGAGCCAAUACCAUCUUACUCUUAGUCCAACGGAUGGUCAUCUGUAUAUAUCCGCCCCAGAACACCAUAAAAUUCUUCGCGUACAUUCUUUGGACAAAGUUGAAGAUCCUGAUUCAAAUUUUGACGUCGUUGUUGGUAGUGGUGUUAGAUGUCUUCCUCGAGAUAGAGAUAACUGUGGUGAUGGAAAACCAGCGUUAGAAGCUUUGUUAUCUUAUCCGAAAGGAAUGGCUGUAGCUGUUGACAAUACAUUAUAUUUUGCCGACGGGGCAAACAUCAGGAUUGUCGAUAAUCAAGGGAUUAUUCACACACUUAUUGGGGAUCAUCAUCAUAAGAAACAAUGGAAACCAAUCCCUUGCUCUGGAACUCUAAAAAUGGAAGAGGUGAAAUUAAGAUGGCCAACAGAUCUCUCUAUCAAUCCAUUAGAUGGAGCAUUAUAUUUUAUAGAUGAUCACAUGGUUCUGAAACUUACUCAUGAUAAACGUGUGAUGGCAGUUGCCGGACAACCGGCUUAUUGCAAAACUUCCAGCACCAACAUGCAUAAAUCUAGGAUGACAGGUGAAGUGGUUUUAGGAUCGUUAAUUAGUUUCACUUUCGGACCCACUGGGGAGAUGUACAUAGCAGAAGUAGAUGAGAACAACGUUAACAGAAUACGCAAGCUCAGUCCAGAUGGUGAACUUCUCCAUUUUGCUGGUAAAGAAGACGGAUGUCUGUGCGAGUGGCAAAACUGUACGUGUGCAGUGGAAGAUGAAGGAUUUCUAGCCAUGGAUACAAAGCUGUUCGCCGUAUCAUCAUUAACCGUUACUAGCGAUGGUGUUGUUCAUAUCGCUGAUCAAGGAAGCCUGAGAAUUUUGUCUACAAUACCGUAUUUGCCCCAGCCAGACGAGCAGUUUGAAUUUCAGAUUGCAUAUCCUGAUAAUCACGAAGUCUAUGUUUUCAAUAAAUAUGGACAACACUCUGUUACACGCAGCAUACUAACAGGAAAAACUGUUUAUACUUUCUUAUACAAUGUUAAUACGAGCUUUGGAAAAUUGAAUGCAGUUACAGAUGCAUCGGGAAAUAAAGUAUCCUUCCUUCGAGACUCUGGUAACAGCUUACAUACCAUCGAAACAGCAAGGGGAACAAAAUGCAGAGUGCAAGUGACGAAGCAAGGAUUGCUUGAAACCAUAGUCGACCCUGAUAGUUUAGAGAUCAAAUUUCAGUACGACACAAUGGGACUCUUAACCAGUCGAUCAGAUGCUGCUGGUCGAUCCUUUUUUUAUGUGUACGAUGAAAAUGGAAGGAUGACUGAUGUUGUCAAACCAAGUGGACAAGUCACAAAGCUUUCUUUCGAUCUCAGUCCGGAGGGUGCAUCUGUCUUCUCUCACACUGAAGAAAGAGAGAGCCAGUUAGUUGUCAAAGUCAAGGGUACAACAGUUAUAUCUACACAAAGUGGAGUCGCUAUUCAGUCCACACUUCAUCAGGAUGGAGCUAUUGAAGUUGAAACACCAUGGCAUGUCGGUUUAGUUUGGGAGCCAGCUUCACAUUACGUGCUUCAGGAAAUGUUACCCGUGCAGGCUGGAAUGUUUCCUUUGCCAGUCAAACAAACCACUUACGUAGGCAUGGAGCCUGCUAAUACCGUCGAAUGGAGAUACGAUGUUAAAUACAACCGAAAAGAGAGAUCUCGGGUAGAAAGAAGUAUUUCUGCUGUAGAAAGAGUGUUGAUGGCGAACGAUGUUCAGUACUUGUCUAUGGAAUAUGACUGGGUGGCAGCCCGCGAAAUACUUUAUAACAGUUCUAGAAGACCAUUUCUAGUCAUUCAGUAUGAUGGCUUCACUCGCCCAAUCCAAUGGUUGCCGACAGAAACGCGUCUUCCGUUAAAUGUCAUGUACGACAGACUAGGUCGCUUAUCCGGAUGGCAGCAAGGAUCUCUUUCUGAAAGCUUUGGAUAUGAUCGAAUGAGCCAUCUUGCAGAAAUCAAAUACCCAGAUGGAUCAGCUAUGCGAUUCAGCUAUGAUGGCAAGACAAUGCCAAGCAAAGUUGUGUUACCCAGCAGCCGGCGGUUUACGUCUCAUUACGACACCAACGGAGGACUUAAAUUUGUAACCACUCCCAAGGGCACUCGACAUUCAUUCCUCACACUCAUCUCUAUAGGAUUUUAUAAGUUUUUCUACAUCCCUCCUGGAAACAGUGGCCCAUUUGUCAUCCACUUCAAUGAUCUGAAGCAGCCUGUUAUGAAAAUUUUCCCUGGCGAUCAAGGGAGAGUUCUGUAUAAAUACAACAACCAGAGUCUCUUAAGCAGCAUUGUGUUUGGAGGCGGAAAGGUGGAAAAGAAUUAUAGCAUAUCAGGGUUCCUGUCUUCAGAGUCAUCAAGUACAUUAGAAACUGACAUUCGCAGUGAAUAUACAUAUGAAGGCGCUUUAUUAUCUACUCGCAAGCUUCAUUUUUUAAGCCAGUUUCACUUGACAAAUGCAAUCAUCCAUUAUCAAUAUGAUAGACUCUUUAGAAUUAAAAGCAUACUGUUUCGAAUCGGAAGCUUACAAUUGCCUACGGUUGAAUAUUAUCACAAUGCCAAAACAGGUAGAAGAGAGCAAAUUGGAGACUUUAAAUUGUUUGAAAAAAGCUUAAACGAAACAGUUCUGUCUGAUGGCACGGCUUCAUUUAGCCGCCAGUUUGAUGCCCUGCAUCGAAUAAGACAAGUGUCUUUAGUGAUUGUUGAUAAAGAAAUAUUUCGGAUGGAUAUACAAUAUGACAAUCGUAAUUUCGUAACUCAAUCCCGACUUUACAAUACUCACUUAGGCAAAUCGAAAAUCCGUUUGCAAAAUUUUUCCUAUGAUGCGGACGGCCAACUAGUAGAAAUGGUAGGCCGAGACCACUGGAAGUUUAUUUAUGAUCCAAAUGGCAAUUUAGUUACAAUGCAAUACAUGGGCAAUCGCAUCGAUAUACUUCAUGACGUUGGUGAUAGAAUAGUGAGCUUCGGUGACACUCCAUACGUAGUCGACGGCAGAGGAUUUGUUAUCCAACGUGGAGAAGAAAGUUUCGCUUAUAACACGAAAGGCCAAUUAACUAAAGCUUCUCGGAAUGGCAGAUAUGAUGUGGAAUACUAUUACAAUACUAGAGGCAUGAUAUCAGUUCGUAAAGAUAAUUUUGGAAAUAUCACUCAGUUCUUUUACGCAGAUAUUUCGAAUCCAGAUAAAGUGAGUCACAUAUAUAAUAACAACGAUGGCAAAACCACUUCAUUACUUUAUGAUGAUAGAGGAUUUCUCAUGUCCCUUGUAGUGAAUAAAGAAACAUACUAUGUUGCUACCGAUCACAAUGGAAGCCCUUUAUUAGUUUUUGACAGGAAAGGGGAAGUAGUUAAAGAAGUUCACAGAGGACCCUAUGGACACGUACUUUUCGACUCCAAUCCACAUUUUUAUUUACCUAUUGACUUUCAAGGAGGCAUACUGGAUCCUCUGACUGGAAUGCUACAUUUUGGGGAAAUGAUUUAUGACUCCUUGGCUGGUCAAUGGUUGACUCCGAGGUGGGAUGAAAUUUUGCACCACGUCACAAGCCCUCAGCAUCUUCAUCUAUACCGCUUUAACAAGAACGAUCCUAUUAAUAUUGACAAGAAGUUGAAGAAUAAAUUAGAUCUUUCCGCUUGGAUUAAGAGUCAAGGCAUCGACAUAGAUAGUUUAGAUCUCGCUGCAGAUUCCUUAUUUCAAAUAGCGCAUGACAAAGAAGCAAUGCCAUUGUUCCUGGACAUGCCGUCAGUGCCGCUUGUGUCCGGAUUUACAUGCGCAAUUAGACAAAAAUUAGAAAGUUUCGCAUCAUUAACUAGCGUAGCACGACCGAAAGUAAAGCGAGAACAAUUGUUCGAAACUGUCCUUCCAAAAAUUAGUACCAUGAGCGUUCCAUUCGGUUCGGGCAUCACCGUCUCCCGCUUAGGAGAAAGAGCUUUAGUCCGGACAUCAAAUGAAGCAGAUGGCAUUCAAAGAGAUGUUUUCACAUCUGUAUUUAACAAUUCCUUCCUCUUGGACUUGCACUUGGUUAUGCAUGGUCAAGACGUAUUUUAUUUUGUUAAAGACAGUGCUUGGAGAGUAGCUGAUGAUCUAAAUCAAUUACAAAGACUUGGAACCGCAAUCAAUACAACAGUUCAUGAAUCCAAACCUGAAGAUCAAAAGGCUGGACAUCACGUGGAUGUACGCGUUCAUUCAGAACAUGCGAUUCUCAAUAUUAGAUACGGAACUAAUCCGUAUAAAGAAAGACAAAGGCUUCUAAGACAUGCAAAGAAGCAUGCCGUUGGCCAAAGAUGGGCGCAAGAGCGGCAAAUCAUUCUGACGAGCCAAAGGGGAUCUCAGAAAUGGUCGGAAAAAGAAAAGGAACAUAUCCUCACCACCAGCUCAGUACCGGGGUAUAAAGGAGACUACUAUCACGAUGUCGAACUGUACCCAGAGCUCGCUGAUGAUCCAGCUAACAUUGUAUUUCAUAGAUCCACUCAGAAGCAGAGGUGACCGCUUUAACUGAUAAUUCAGUUCAGAAGUAAUACAAAGACUUCGAUUGAAUAAAAAUCGAGAUGUCCUCCUAAAAGCAU